AAAAUUACAAAUUCCUGUCCCUGCUCUUCGUCGCCCUCAGAUUCUUCACCUACAAGAGACCACAAUAUCAUCCCAAGAUCCCAAACAAUGCCAUCUCCACUCUUUGAAAUGAGUGUUUUCUCCAUCCAAUUUUCAAAUCCAUGAUUUCUUCUCCGAGUUCGUGUCAAUCCCAUUGAAAUCACUUAGCUCUCUUCGUCAUCGUCGAGGUCUCUACUGUUUCGCCUUCGAAAAUAAGAUCAGAGCGCGAAUUCUUCGAACCGGCCCUCGAAUUUCCAUGUGGAGUUUUCCCGUGGUAGUUUAUCCCUAGUCUACUUCUGCUGAUCGUUCCGGGCUAUGCUUUUGGGGUUUUCAGGUUCGACGUAGAAGAAUUUACCUGGCUAGGACCAGAUUUUGGUAGCUCUUUCUCGUUGUAGAUCGUGAUUAGGGUUUUAGGUUUUUUCGAUUUCCGUGGUUUUCAUCGAAUUCAGCUUUCUGUGAAUGUGUAAACCCUGAGGAGUCCUCUGCUAAGGUCGUGGAGUAGCCCUGUAGAACUCGGGAAAUUGCUUCAGGUUUUAUUUCUCAAAGGGUUCCUUUCUGACGAGUCGAAAAGCUUUCUGAAUUAAGAAUCCAUUGUUGUAGUCUUGUAACUAUAUAAGUAUUUAGGGGAUGUUUGGUCCUACAUCGGAUAACAGCCAUGGAAACAGCAGUGCCUCAGGGCAGCUUCUCACUCCGAUGCGUUUCGUUUGGCCCCAUGGAGGGAGAAGGGUAUUUCUCAGUGGAUCCUUCACCAGGUGGAUAGAACAUGUGCCGAUGUCGCCAAUGGAGGGUUGUCCUACUGCUUUUCAAGUUGUAUGCAACUUGGCGCCAGGAUAUCAUGAGUAUAAAUUUUUUGUUGAUGGGAAAUGGAGGCAUGACGAGCACCAGCCUUUUGUAAAUGGAAACGGCGGAGUAGUGAACGCAAUAAUUAUUGCUGGAGGACAAGAUAUGGUUCCCACCAUAGGUUUCAACUUGGAGACACAUGGCCGCUCGAAUAUGGAAGUCGAUGAUGUUGUCAUGCGAAUGGGUGAUCUGUCUCAGGAAUUCAUUCCUAGGAUGUCGAGGCCUGACUUUGAGGUUUCUCAUCACCGUAUAUCUGAAUUCUUGUCUAAACACACUGCAUAUGAGCUGCUUCCAGAGUCUGGCAAGGUGAUUGCAUUGGAUGUUAAUUUACCGGUGAAGCAAGCAUUUCACAUACUCUAUGAACAGGGAAUCCCUCUAGCUCCUCUCUGGGACUUUAGUAAAGGCCAAUUUGUUGGAGUUCUUGGUCCACUGGACUUCAUCCUCAUACUGAGAGAGCUGGGAACUCAUGGUUCAAAUUUGACUGAGGAAGAGCUUGAAACACACACAAUAGCAGCUUGGAAAGAAGGAAAGGCACAUAUUAGCAGACAACUUGAUGGAAGUGGGAGACCGUACCUUAGGCCUCUUAUUCAAUCUAAGCCAUCUGACUAUCUAAGCGACGUUACCAAGAAAAUUUUGGAGAACAAGGUGGCAGCAGUUCCGAUUAUACAUUCUUCUUCACAGGAUGGUUCAUACCCGCAGUUAUUGCACCUCGCUUCAUUGCCCGGCAUAUUAAAAUGUAUAUGCAGAUACUUUAGGAAUUCUUCUAGUUCCCUGCCCAUCCUUCAGCAGCCCAUUUGCUCAAUCCCCUUGGGUACGUGGGUUCCUAGAAUUGGAGAAUCGAAUGGCAGACCUCUCGCCACAUUGAAACCACAUGCCUCUUUGGGUUCCGCCCUCGCGUUGCUUGUUCAAGCGGAAGUAAGCUCAAUCCCCAUAGUUGAUGACAAUGACUCGCUUAUAGACAUAUACUCCAGAAGUGAUAUAACUGCUCUGGCUAAAGAUAAGGCGUAUGCACAGAUUCAUCUCGAUGACAUGAAAAUUCACCAGGCUCUGCAACUGUGUCAAGAUGCAAAUCCGAUCUAUGGCUUCUUCAAUGGGCAGAGAUGUCACAUGUGUUUGCGCUCAGACUCUCUUCAGAAAGUGAUGGAGCGGUUAGCCAAUCCAGGGGUAAGGAGGGUGGUGAUAGUGGAGGCGGGGAGCAAGCGCGUUGAAGGUAUUAUUACAGUGAGCGAUGUCUUCAGAUUUCUCCUCCGUCUUUAAACUGCCAGCCAAAGAGAACCAACACCAUCUUCUAUUAUUCCCGUUUCCUCCCAAAAAAAAAAACCGAACCCAAAUGGAUAUUUUUUUUUUAUAUGAAGGAAUUUGUAAAUGUAUUAUGAAUCCUCAUCAUCCUCCUUCAUCCGUUUAGUUUUUCUGAGUAUUGGGUGUCUGUGAAAGAAGAGGCUACCUUAAACGGCGGCGUAUUGGUGGGAGUGUUGUCUGAUUCUGACAGAAGAAGAAGGCAAUCUCUGUCUAUUCUUCAACCUCUCUCUCUCACAUUCUCUCUUUCCUGUUUUUGGUUUUCUGUUUUGUCUGUUGAGUCGCAAAGAACAUGAUGAAAAUAUAGUGCCAUUUUUCCUUUA